AUGCUGUGGAACACAUCUCUACUUCUCCUCUUGGCAAGCGCCGACUACGCGAUGGGAUCCCAUGGCCGACACCAUGCGCACCGCCAUCGCGCGCGUAACUACAUCAAGCCUGUUGUUGACAUGAUGGAGCCACGGAAUUUAGCCGGGGCAGAUGCACCCUUGCCCAUAAAGGUGCAUACCAAGGUCCAAACUAUCAUCAAGACCGUGUUUGAAAAGUGUGUGCCGACAAACACUGGCUUGACCACGAAGGUUCUGGACAGCUUUGUUCCUGAGCCAACCCAAUCAAAGCCACCGAAGCCAGAGCCAGUGAUGCCAGCGCCUACACACUCUCAAAACACAAACACUGGCUUGACCACGAAGAUUCUGGACAGCUUUACUCCUGAGCCAACCCAAUCAAAGCCACCGAAGCCAGAGCCGGUGAUUCCAGAGCCGAUGAUGCCAGAGCCUACACACUCUCAUAACACAAACACUGGCUUGACCACGAAGAUUCUGGACAGCUUUACUCCUGAGCCAACCCAAUCAAAGCCACCGAAGCCAGAGCCAGUGAUGCCAGCGCCUACACACUCUCAAAACACAAAAGCUCCUCCCACUCAUUCUGAAAUCAAGGAGCCUCAACCCACGGCUUCUGACGAAAUUACCACCAUUCAUAUUCGCAAGACAAAAACCGUAACGACUACUGUCACUGCCACCGCGCCGGCCGUCAAAGUUAGUCCCGAUGUCACUGCCACAUCCUCAACCGGCACAUCAGUCGAAGGACAACCGAUUCCAGAUGCCACGAAGACAGACAACGCACCCAACAUUAUCCCGACCCUCGAAAAUCUGCCAGGUCAGCUGCCAGGAGAUCUGAUGCAGAUUCUUCCCGGAGAAGCAACCGUGGUCCCAGUACCUCAGCUCCCCAACCUAGGCCAAGUCCUCUAUCCCGGCGGCCAAGCAGUCCCCUCAAACCUAGACUGGACUGCCGUCCCCAAAGGACACUUCUCUGCCAAAGGGUUUGGCGGCCAGAGCUCAUCGUCCGGAAGCGAAAUCCACUAUAAGGGGAAUGUUGGCAAACCCUGGGGCAGCAACAUCAUCUCCGUCAGCCCCGCUGAGGCCCACCGCUACAAGUACGUAGCCAAAUUUACCGGCUCAAACACCAAGCCCUGGACGGUGACAAUCUGGAACAAAGUCGGCCCCGACGACAAAAUCGAUGGCUGGUACGGACACUCCGCACUGACAUUUGUUCUCAAACCCGGCGAGACUCACUACGUUGCCUUCGACGAGGACUCUGAGGGAGCAUGGGGUGCAGCGCCGGGCACGAAGGGCCUCCCAAAAGAUAGCUGGGGCGGGUAUACAUCUACCUGGGGCGAAUUCAGUUUCGGGGAUGGUGAAAAUAGCGGCUGGUCUGGGUGGGAUGUCUCGGCUAUUCAGGCUCAGCUCGCACAUCACUAUGUCCAGGGUAUGCGCAUCUGUAUGGCUGAUGGGAGGGGAUGUUCUAGUAUUACGCCCCAGGCUAAGAAGGUCGUUGAUGCUUACACCGAGUCUAAGCGCCAUCACGACGGGAUUGGCGGGGCUGCGUCGCCUGGGCCUGUGAGGUUGGUGGUCGAUAUUGACUACCAAGGGUAA